AUGAGGGCAAAGCAAGCAAAGCUGCCAGAGGACAAAAGCUCAAGUGAUUCAUCAGAAGAUGAAAAGAAGAAGCCAGCAAAGGCUUUGAAACAAAGAGGACGGAAGAGAUCGGCAUCUUCAUCCUCGUCGGGAUCGUCAUCUUCGACGUCAGGGAAGAGCUCCUCGGGGAGUUCGAGCCGCAGCAGCUCCGGCUCUAGCAGCGGCACUUCUGCAUCGUAUUCACGGUCCUCGUCUAGCUCAUCCUCCUCUUCACACUCCUCUUCUGCUUCUCCUGCUCCCAGACACAAGAGAAGUGGUAGUGACAAAGAAAACCUUGUCAAAGUCAAGCCCAAGGAGGACAAGAAGGAGCCUAAGGAGAAGGUGAAUGACGUGCCUCCAGUAGUGAAGAAGGACGUCAGAAGAAGCAGGUCUGCCUCGCCCAAGAGGAGGAAGCGCUCCCCGACACCCCGGCCGACAAAGAUCCACGUGGGGCGACUGACACGGAAUGUGUCCAAGGAUCACGUCAUGGAGAUAUUCGCCUCGUACGGAGUCGUGAAGAACGUGGACAUGCCGACCGAGCGGUUCCAGCCACAUCUAUCUCGUGGCUAUGCAUAUGUGGAAUUCAGUAAUGCUGAUGAGGCUGAGGAUGCUAUGAAGCACAUGGAUGGAGGUCAGAUCGACGGUCAGGAGAUCACUUGUGCUCCAGUGCUUCUUCCAAGGCUUCCCAGACCUCCCUUGCCUAGAAGGAGCCCUCCUCGCAGAUUUCCUCCACCCCAAAGACGCAGGUUCCGUCGAUUCAGUCCCGUGCGACGGUCCCGGUCCCGCUCCCCGCGGCGCAGCCCACCGCCUCGUAGGAGACCGGUGAGGAGUCGCUCCCGGAGUCCCCUCCCCCGCGAUCCGAGGCGUAGACGUGGAUCUCGCAGCUCGCGCUCGUCGUCUUCGUCGUCGCGCUGAGGUUCACAUCUUGUCAUUGCCUGCCAGUUUCUUCUCAUCUCUCUCUCUUGUACAGAAAAUAAAGGACUCGCGGAGAAUGUCAGUUUACUUGUAGUUGGACGAAUACUUUGGAAUGAUUGGAUUUGAUCUCUCCACAGGGACUCUGUGGUCAUCACGUGUGGUUGUUUUCACUUUUGUUACUCCCUCUGAGAAAUUGUUUGGUUUGUUUUUUUUUUUCCUCUGCUGCAUGAUUUGUGUGAUGAAGACUGUUAGCAGGUGCAAGUGUGAUGGCAAGCUCUGAAUAAAACGAAGGUGUUUAAAUCUUGA